AUUUUUCUAUUAAUUCAACUUUGGUACAGAUUUCAUUAAUUAUUCCUGUUACAAAUGCUACAGUUAAAAGUAUUUUUUCUCGACAAAACUUUAUAAAAACUAGACUUCAUAAUCAAAUGAAUACUGAUACACUUAAUGUUCAUUUAAUGAUAGUUUUAAAUAGACUCACUAUAGAUUUAUUCAAUUUUGAAAAAGCUUUUGAGCAUUGGUCUUUAAGAGAACAUAGAAUUUAA